UUUCAGACCACAUAGAUUGUCCCUCUUGUCACCCAUAAAACGGCAACAAAGUGCUCCGAUAAACUGCGUGCCUGAAUCGUCUUCUUUUUCUCCCUUUCUUGCCUUACUAUCCUCUCGAUUAUACAGUGUGUAAACACGGCAAAUAGAGAAAGAAAGGCGAGGAGGACAAAAAGGAGGGGCCUAAAGAAGAAGGAGAGCGGAGGAGAAGAGGAGAAAGACACGAGCCGCGUGGCCCCCAAGUGAUAGUAACUAUCAAGAAGCGGUGUGCGCUGUUUUGUUUUCGCCUUCCUGAUCUCGCCGAAACCACAGCAGUCGUCUGAUGCGUGAUACUUAUCCAACAACAACUGACAAGGAAUGGCUUUUCAAAAAGUGAUUAACCCGUUUUUCACACUACUUCUUUUCUUGCAAUGCUCUCAUGCCGUCAUUGAGGUUGAUGUAACAGGAGUGUCUAUAAACUUUGGCAGUCAGAUUAACAAUAUUAUCCCGACGUGUUUUGGAGUUGAUCUUGACUUUUAUUUGCAAGUUGCUACAUCCAAUUUCUCCCAGGAAAAACCAUAUUUUCUGAGUCGUUAUGAUACCUCACGAUCAAGUGUCACCUUGCCCGAUAGUACAUUUUUACUUCAAUCUACAACGGAUUUCAUAUCCGUUUCUGGAAUCGCGACAAUGAAAUGUGCAACAUUGGGAAACGCAAGCGACUCGUUUUUAUUAAUGACCCAAUCUUCUAAUCAACCCGACAGGAAUAAUCAAAAUACUCCAAUUCAAGUGACCUCCAAUACUAACCAAUGGACUCUUACUGCGACAAUAAAUCGAAAGUGCAAUGGAGCGGACCAGUACGGGUUCAAUUGUAAUGAACAAUGCUCGACGGUUAAUAACGAUUAUUAUUGCUACACGUGUGGCAGUAAUGGGCAAAAAACAUGCUGUGCGAGUGGGGAUGUUAACCCAGACGAUUGUUCUUAUUAUGAUCACCCGAUCUCCACAACAUGGUCACCUAAUACACAAUGUUCAGCAUCCGCUGAAAACACGUACUUCUGGCUUAUGAUCAGUUUUGCUAUCAUCAUCGCCAUUCUCGCCAUUCUCCUUCUCCUCGUCCUGCUUGAACUUUGCUGUGGAUUAUUCACAGGGCGUCAGUCGGCAAGAAGAAGCGAAGAUGGUGAUUGGAUCGUACCAAAAACGCCAAAAGCGAAUCACGAGCUUUACGACGCCGACAUAACACCUCAUCAUCAAUAUCGGCGUAGACAUCAGGAUAAUAAUUCAGGGGAAAGCACAGAGCCAGAAGAUAGAAGAUCUCCGUAUAUUGUCAGUAGGCAGGGAUUGGAUAAUGAAACUUAUGAUGACGAAGUCCUACGGAACGAAUUCCACGAAUCACAACCACGACGAAUUGCACGCGUCUAAAGUGCACAUUUGUAAAAAGCUUCUUUUGAUCUGAGUAUUGGGUAUCACAUCUGUCAGUUUCAUUCCCACAUCUACUUCGGUUUUUUUGCCCCUCAUUGAUCUAUCCACACAAUUGUUUGUCGAAACAAGAUUUCUUGCUCCUUAAUUCUCGGUUUUAUUUUCUUAUUUUGUUGGUAUUACCUUACUCUCAAUAAAUUCGUGAUAAGCUCUCGU